CCCGAGUAAAUAAUCAAGAAGUCUCAGGCGACUUCUUGGGCGUCACCCGUGCAAACGCUGUUGGCAGUGCAAACGGCGCUCCGAAUGGAGGCGCAGCUGCUCCACGGUAUGGGUAUCAUGCAAACGACGCUCUUCAGCCUCCGCCUCCUCAUCUUAGAUCAUCCAGCCCGAGCCGGAGCAGAAACAACUUCGGAGCCAGCAGCGUAGCUGCAAGUUCCCAGGUUGCGGACGUGAUUCACAGCUUGCCAGCGGAGCUGCUGCAGCAAUUUCCGGCCCAGCUCCUCGAGAAUAUACCAGAGCCACUGAUCAGAGAGUUUCGUUUCAACGAACCUCGCACGACAUUUGCGAGUCAGGGGAGCACGAAAAUUGCAUCCACCGCAAGAAGCGUUGGUGACACUGCGUCGAUGAGCAGUGGUGACAAUUUUUCGGAACAGAGCCGUGCUUUAUAUUUACGUCAGGCGAUGUCUGCGGCAGCCAGCGCAGUGGCGCAGCCAUCUUCCUUUGCACUUUCAUCCGCAGUCGAAAGUGGAGGAGGCUACAGAUCCGAACGUGAUCGUAUGAACGCGACAGGAGGAGCGGCUGCAGGAACUCAUCAGAAUAGGAUCAACUCGUCGUCCUCUGGCGUAAACCUGCAACAGGAUUCAUCUGGCCGCGGACGUAUCAGCUUGCCUUUCUACGAUGUUGCCCCUCCACCGCCUCCAGUUUCGUCCGCGCGUCAUGCGCCCCCUAGUCUGUCCCGCUUCGGCGCCGAUCGACAAGGAUCUGCCCAGCGAGAUGGCGAGGACCCGCGUGGUGGGGAUCUAGUCGGCAAGUACCAACACCAAGACGCAUUAGACCAAUUUUUUCGAUUAGAUCAACAUGAUGGCGCAGCAGGAGACACCAUCAUGCAGCAAGAGCAAGGAGACGGUGGAAUGCAAAUAGUACAUAGUAAAGAACCACGGGCCUUCAUGCCACCCCCGGGACUGGAGUGGAAUGAUUCGGCUGUAGUUGUAAACGAAAGUGAUGAAUUCACGAAACUCAUGACCACUGCAGCACGUGCACACGCGUCGUCCAUUGAGGGUGCUGGUGACGUUCGGGGCUUUCACACGAGUUCGCGUUUCCCCUCGGCGGCGGCUGGAUAUUUCUAUCCUGAUUAGCGCGAUGAGCUGAGCGCCUCUCAACAGGUGGGGGAACCAAGCGGCGCAUUUCCGUUGGCCGCCUCUCUCAAGACAAAACCAGCCGCGGCGAACCGUCCCUACUAUCCUCCUGGAGAUGAAGAGGCGGGUGGUGCUUCAGGAGAAGAUGGGCGCCUUCUGGAGCGCAGUGGAAACGAAUUCUCGCUCCUUCUUGCAGCAAAGAACGGCAAAGGGAACAAAGGUAUAGCAAACGGACGAGGAGACCCUGGUGCGCCGCGCAUGAUUUUUACGGAAAAAGAGGCGCGCGAGGUCCAGGACUGCCUGCAGCGGCUCUACGCAACGGCGCUGUGGAGAGGCAAGUGCGCAGCUGAGAGCGAACAAAAUCAAAACGGAAUGCAUACUUCUUUUCAAGCAGCAAGCGGAGCCACCCCCUACAAUGCUAUUCCUCCGGGUUUUCGUCCCGAAGACAGAGUGGUC